AUGAAACGAAAAGCUAAACCUUCGAAAUCUUCCAAGAAAGGAUCUUCUUCCAGAGGUUCUCGUGCCAAAAGGAGCAAGACGGGAAUAAAACUUCCACGAGAAUCGUGUGCACCAUCAUCUUCUGAUUCCGAAUAUCAUUCUGACCCAGAACACUAUCGUCUAAAUGACACAAGGCCCCGCGGGCCGGAAUCUGCACGACUUCCACGCGAGCUAUGUGUAUCUGAUUUCAAAGAUGGUACGGAUCCGAUUUUACAUGAUUUUGAGAGGACAGGUAGAGAAAAGUAUUUUGAGCUGAAUGGACUGAAACGGAAGUCCACUAAUAGUGAAAAGGGAUCUGAAAAAAUUUCUGCCAAUGAAAAAAUUGAGACAAGCCUCGUUGCCACGGAAACAUCCGACAGUGCCAAGGACGACUCAAAUGGCGAGAAAAAAAGUUCCAGUAGGCGGCGCUCGAAAUCACCGAGCUCUGAUCUGUUGCAAUCAUAUCGGCGCCGAAGCUCGAGGAGAUCCGAAGGAGCUGCUCCUGAGCUCGUAUCGUUAUCCUACAUCUAUCCUGGAAAAAUGGAUUGGGAUAGUUUCAGGAAUUGUUGGGUGAAGAAGGGGACCGCCGCGAAAGCAAAGCCGAAGGAGCUAGCAACUAAAAAAUCGACUGCAAAAUCGGCACCGGCUGCACCGACUGUCAAGGUUGAGCCCCCUGCUCCACUUGCCGAAGAAAAGAAAGAGCUAGAAAGGAAAAGCAAAGCUGUGGAAGAAACGAAGGAAGAAGCAAAGGAGGAAUCAAAGGAGGAAGCUGUGGAAGAAGCAAAAGAGGAAUCAAAGGAGGAAGCUGUGGAAGAAGCAAAGGAGGAAGAUUCCCAGCCAGUGAUCAAUGAUGGUGACGAAAACGAGAAAGACUCUAGAAAGCUUUCUCCGCCUACAGACGAGGCCGAAAAAGAAACCAAAGAGACGGAUGAGAAGACUUCAGUGGAAGCGACGAAAGACAACGCGUUAUACCAAUUUGCUGAUCCUGAUGAAGAUGAGGACUCUGUGGAAGUUGCAUCGAAAACUGCUGCACUGAAAGGUGAUGAAAACGAUGGUCAUGGUUCAGACAAACAAUCACCAUCUGCUCCCGAGACAAAUGACUCGAAUAAUUCGGCUGUAGACAAAGACACGACGGAGCGGGAAAAAAAUCAGGAAACAAUUGUGGUCAAUCCUGCGGAUGUCAACAUCAACGAUUUUUGUUUCGUCUGCAGACUUGAUGGAGAUCUGAUGGAAUGCUUUGCAGAACUUGAGAAUGGUACUGAGGCUGGCUGCGGGAAAAGCAUCCACAUUGGAUGCAUUGGCAGGGCCAAGAUACCGAGUAAAGAUUGGCUGUGUUCUCAAUGUGCGAGAAAGCAAGGAUUGCAGAUCAAACCUGGCGAGCAUCCUCAGUAUGGCUACGCGUUUGGGGAAGAUGAAUUUGAAGUCGAAAACGGGACAGUGGUGAUCAAGCUUUCUCUAGGCAGUCGGAUCGCGGUCUUUUGGCGAGAUGAUCGUCGAUACUACAACGCGACGGUCGUGAAUCACUAUGGAGAGAGCAAUGUUGAAGUGUUGUAUGAUGACGGAGUGCGAGAAAGCCUAGAUUUGAGUGACGAGAGGUAUAAAGUUCUACCGAAUGAUGACACAGCUAUUGGGUCCAGCGAAAUUCCGAAAAGUGCCGACGAAGAAAGGAAAGUGGCUUUGCUUGGCCCGAAUGAUAUUGUGGUCGGUCGAGGUGAUUCCCAGAAAGGCUGGGCAAACCAACAGCACGGCUAUCAUGUCUUUCGAAAGCUUCUUAACACUUAUCAUACACAAUACGAAGCUCUUUCCAAUAACGAUACAAGCGAUCGGCGAACAUUGUGCAAGAAGGUUUAUUCAGAGCUGGACAGUAUGAAUUUUCGGUUCGUUUCGUGGGAUGGGAAUGGCUGGAAGCAGCUUGCGUAUAGCAAGGGUGUCGACAAGGUAAACCAAGGCUUGCGAGAUUUCCGCGUUGGCUCGGUACUAAACAACGGAAAUGAAAAGGAUGAACGAGGCUUGCGAUGGAAUGAUGUUCCUCUUGGCUAUAGCACUAAAAAAGGGCUUGCGUAUCGACCUGGUUACCAAACUCUCCGAAGGAUAGUCAGGUCGAUGGAGGUAGAAUUCAAAGCCUCGGAUGAUAAGCGGGUAGUCUGCUCGAAGGUGCUGAAUCGGCUUGCUAAGGAGGAUGUCCGUAUCGUUCGGAUUGUUAAAAAAGACGGUGGCGACGAUUGGGUGCAAGUGGAAAAAGAGAAGGCAAUUACGAGAGUGUUCCGGGCGUUUCAGGAGGAGAGUUCGGAAUCGACGUAUCAUGUAGUGUCCAGGGCACAGGGUGUAAUGCCGUCGCAGCAAAUCCAUAUUCCACCUCUGGUUUCGCCAAAGACAAGGGAUCGGGAUCGGUCCAAGAAGAUUCGCAGCAAGAAAAGUCGGAAGCGCCUUCCCGCUUCCAACAAGCUUGCUUUGGACAAUCGGCACCCACUCAUAAGGGAAGAUCCAAGCAGCAAACGCGUAUCCGUUGAAAUUGACCCAACAUUCUUAGUGCAGUCUGAUAACGAUUCGGUUGCAUCUGGUAGCAGUGAUGGUAGCAGUGAGAGCAGCAUUGGCAGCGCGAUGAAUCAAAUCGACUUAUAUGAUGAAGAUUUUGAGAAUGCCAAUAUCAAGGCGCCAUUGGUCAAUCUCUGUUCGAAAAUUCGAGUAGGCCACCUUGCCCGCGAGGAUAGGCCAACCUCAAGCCAUUUUGACCCUGCAAUUGGACAUGAAUCGGCCAACUACUAUUACCAGCCGCCACCAUUUCAACGAAUAACGAAAUUCUCGUACCAACACGAUAUGAUUUGUGAUCUGAUGUACUCGGGACCCCCUGGAAAGCCACCCAUGCUUGCUGCUGCUCAUCGUAAUAGUAGAUACGGGUCUCAUCAUUCUGUGCCGAAACGAAGCUCAAAUGUGACAGCUCGCGGUGUUGCAUGGUCCCCACCUCCAGUGCAAGCAACCCGACCGACGAGUCAAGUUCCGAGGGCACUACCAAAGGUUGCCCCCACGUCGGCAAUGACAGCAGUCUAUCCACACUUUGCAGUGGCAGGAGCACUUGCUGCAGCAACCUAUGGACGACUACCACCACCGCCGCCACCACCACCACCACCACCAAUAGCUUCUGCAAUUGGUGGGUCAUCAAGAAAAAGAGGAAAAUCUCAGAGCCCUAGAAAAAAAAGGAAAAAGACCCCCAACCUUGGUUCACCCAAUAGUAAGACUCUUGGAAAGCCACAGCUUUCCGCUCACGCAAUUGCCGUAUUGGGCAAAGCCGCCAUUGCUGAUAACGACGACCAUCCCGUCCGAUUUCGAAACUAUCAAGUAGAGACAUGGACCGCCCGACUUCAGGAAGCACAGGAGUUCCGCAGAAAACAUGGCCAUUGUAUCAUUCCCCAUGAUUAUCCCGAGAACCAAGAGCUCGCUAGGUGGGCCAAACGGCAACGGUACCAGUACCAAUUGUACAAGAACAAUUCUGCAAAGUCGUCCAUGACCACGGAGCGAGUCAAAGUGUUGGAACAACUUGGUUUUUGCUGGGAGCACAAGUCGACUAUCUGGCACAAGCGCUACGCAGAACUAAAAGGCUUUAUGAAGGAGUAUGGACAUACGCUGGUUCCCACCAACUUUUGGAAUCGCAAGCUUGCGUCAUGGGUCAAGUGUCAACGACGACAAAUGCGGUUGCUGGAGAAGGGAUCGCCCAAUACCUUGAACGAUGAGCGUGUCACCUUGUUGAAUGCCGUGCAGUUUGCUUGGAAUAUCAAUUCGGCUGACAUUCCGGACAUUGUUGCCAAUACCAAACCGAUGGCGACAACAGCAGCAGGAAGAGGAAGAGGAGGAGCGAAUUAUCCUGGAUCAUCCAGUGGGGAAGAAGACGACGACGAAGAGUAUGAUUAUGGUUAUGACGAGCAGGAGGAGGAAGAGGCACCACCACCACCAGGCCCUCCUGGAAUGGGAUUAGAGGAACGAAAAAUCCGGGCCAAGUACCUCAAGAAGAAUACUAGUGCUUCAAGUGCUUCUGCUGCUGCUAGCUUGCCUCCAGGAAUUGGAGAAGAAGAAAUGAAGAUCCGUGAAAAAUACAAGAAGACGACUAACUUCACUGAAAUUGGAGAAGAGGAACUCAAAAUCUGGGCCAAGUACAAGGGAAUCUGA